UUGAGUGUUGUCGACUUGUUGAUAAUCGUCAAUAUAAUAUUUUACAAUUUUAGGAAAGUAAUCUAUUAAAAUGCCUAAGCGAAGGUGCGUAUUUACUCCCAGCUUGAAAGUUGAAUUUCCGUAUUUAAGAGAUAGUGAUGAAAUCGGAAAAGUUUUAUGUAUUGUAUGUAAAUCAGUUUUUUUCAAUAGAAAACGGUGGUCGUUCAGAUAUAACACAACAUGUUAAACAAAAGAAACAUUUAUUGGCCGUAUCAAGCAGUUCUUCAAAUAAGGUAACGAAUUUUUUCACUAAUGUACAGUCAACAAAUGAAAGCAAACGUAUUGCGGCGGAAGAGGGUCUUUUUGCAUAUCAUACUAUCAUACACAAUCAUUCAUUCAGGUCUAUGGAUUGUACAACAUCAAUUAUAAAAAAAAUUUACGAAAAAAAAUUUUCGUGUGCUCGUACAAAAUGUGAAUCUAUAAUUGUGAAUGUAAUAGCUCCUUUUGCCAUUCAACAGAUGUUAGAUGAACUAAAAUCCGUUAAAUUUUUAACAAUUAUGGUGGACACAUCAAACCAUAAAAAUUUAAAACUGGUUCCAAUUCUGAUUCGGUAUUUUAACCCCCAAGAAGGGGUAAAAAUUAAAGUGUUAGAAUUUAUGAAUUUAAAAGGAGAAACAUCAAAUAUUUUAUCAGAUUACAUACUGAAUGUUUUAAAAAAAUAUAGUUUAUUAAAUAAUGUUGUUGCAUUUUCGGGUGACAACUGCAAUACAAAUUUUGGUGGCGUCUCGAGAAAAGGCACAAAUAACGUUUUUGCAAUUCUAAAUGAAAAAUUAAAAAGAAAUAUUUCCGGUAUUGGCUGUGCUGCUCAUAUUCUGCACAAUGCUAUGCAUAGUAGUGCUGAUAUUUUGCCAACUGACAUUGAACUCAUAAUUAAUAAAAUAUUUCAGUAUUUUCAUAUUUAUACAGUUCGUAUAGAAAAAUUGAAGGAUUUUUGUGAUUUUGUUAGUAUUGAGUACAAAAAUAUUUUAGGAUCUGUAAAAACGCGUUGGUUAUCUUUACAGCCAGCUGUUUCUAGAAUAAUAGAUUUAUAUCCUGCAUUGAAAUCAUAUUUUAUGUCACAAGAAAAGUGUCCUACAGUUUUAAGAACUUUUUUUAAUGAUCCUAUAUCCAUGGCAUGGUUAUAUUUUGUACAAAGUCAGUUGAAGGUGGUAUGUGAUACAAUAAAAAGGAUAGAAGGUGAUCAUAUAUCAGCAGGCGAGGUGUAUGAAGAAAUUGAAGUGUUAUGUGGUAAAAUAAAAAAUCGGAAAAAUCAACAUUUUUUUACAUCAGAGCUAGCUCAACUUAUUUCAGAUCUUGAAAAGAACAAACUGUACAGUGAAAAAAAGUUUAUUGAGAUAACUGAUGAGUUUUAUGACACGUUUUUAUCGUACGUGGAAAAAUGGGGAUAUCAUUUUGAACCACUAAAAGUUUUUCGUUGGAUUCAUAUACUAGAUUUUCCAAUUUGGAGUGACAUUCAAGAAAGUUUUAAAUAUAUUAUUAAGAAUAAUCCAACAUUGAAAUUCGAUGAAGAUGAACUUUUUGACGAAUUUAAUCAUGUGAUUAAUGUAAUGAAGGUUAAAAUGCAAAACUGGAAAAAUGGUUCAAAAACCAAAGAUAGAGUAUUCGAUGGCUAUUCCAGGUACUAACGCGUCGGUAGAAAGAAUAUUUUCAAUUACAAAUGUUUUAUGGACAGAUGAGAAAAAUCGAUUUCUUGUGGACACAAUUAGAUC